AUGAAGUGGCUAAAUGUCCUGCCCAAACAGUGCAUUUUGCUGAUGACAUGUCUUCUAAUGGCCUUGGAAGCUGUACCCAUAGACAUAGAUAAGACAAAAGUUAAAGGACAAGGCCACGUAGAAGGAGAGAAAGUAGAAAAUCCAGAUACAGGACUUUAUUAUGAUGAAUAUCUCAGGCAAGUAAUAGAUGUCUUGGAAACAGAUAAACAUUUCAGGGAGAAACUCCAGACUGCUGACAUAGAGGAAAUAAAGAGUGGAAAACUAAGCAGAGAGCUUGAUUUAGUAAGCCACCAUGUGAGAACACGGCUGGAUGAACUAAAAAGACAAGAGGUGGCAAGGUUAAGAAUGUUAAUUAAAGCUAAAAUGGAUUCUGUUCAAGACACUGGUAUAGACCAUCAGUCUCUCCUUAAGCAGUUUGAACACCUGAACCAUCAAAAUCCUGAUACGUUUGAGCCUAAAGACUUAGAUAUGUUGAUCAAAGCAGCUACAAGUGAUCUGGAAAACUAUGAUAAGACCCGCCAUGAGGAGUUUAAGAAAUACGAGAUGAUGAAAGAGCAUGAGAGGAGAGAGUAUUUGAAAACACUGGAUGAAGAAAAGAGACAGCGAGAAGAAUCUAAAUUUGAGGAGAUGAAGAAAAAACAUGGAGAUCACCCUAAAGUUCACCAUCCUGGAAGCAAAGACCAACUGAAAGAGGUGUGGGAAGAAGCAGAUGGACUUGAUCCUAAUGAAUUUGACCCCAAAACAUUUUUCAAAUUACACGAUGUCAAUAAUGAUGGUUUCCUGGAUGAGCAAGAACUAGAAGCUCUGUUUACUAAAGAGCUCGAAAAAGUUUAUGAUCCCAAAAAUGAAGAGGAUGACAUGGUUGAAAUGGAAGAGGAAAGGCUAAGAAUGAGAGAACAUGUAAUGAAUGAGGUUGACAUCAACAAGGACCGGCUUGUGACAUUGGAAGAGUUCCUGCGAGCUACAGAGAAAAAAGAAUUUUUGGAGCCAGACAGCUGGGAGACACUAGAUCAACAGCAGCUCUUCACUGAAGAUGAGCUGAAAGAAUUUGAAAGUCAUAUUUCGCAGCAGGAAGAUGAACUUAGAAAGAAGGCAGAAGAUCUUCAGAAGCAAAAGGAAGAGCUACAAAGGCAGCACGAUCAGCUUCAGGCUCAGAAACAAGAGCUUCAGCAGGUUGUAAAACAAAUGGAACAAAAGAAACUACAGCAAGGAAAUCCUCCUGCAGGACCAGGUGGAGAACUGAAAUUCCAGCCCCCUGGGGAACACAAAGUUGGAGAUGCACCAAAACAUCCUGCAGGAGGUGAUCAGCCUUUACCACCAGGACAUGUCCAGGAACCAGCUGCUAGAACUGAUCAAGUUCACCCUUAACCACUUGUGCCUCAACUUUAUAGCAUCUUCUUUUUUUUU